UGAGGGGUUAUGUGAUUUGCUAAGAGUCACAUAGCUAGUAAGUGUCUGAGAAAGGACUUCUUGACUCCAAGUCCCAUGAUCUAUCCACCACAGGGCCCAAGAGCCUAUAAAUCUUCAUACCCUAACAGCUUGAAGACCUCUGAAUGGAUGUAUUUGGUCACAGUGUCUGCACCACAAAAGCCCAAAAUCUCUCUUACCCCUUGGCAAACAAUUGUAACUAGAAACUAAGACUUGAGGAGACUCCACAAGGAGAACACCACUCCUUGGGAAGGUCUAAGGAAAGCAGAAGAGCUUUCAACUCAGACCUUCUCUCUGCUUCUCUGAUUUCCGAGUUUCUAGCAUUUCUUAUUUCUCUUGCCUUUCUGAAAGAGAACUUUAUACAAAGAAAUUAUGCCACCCUUGGUGCUAAAGAAGGUCCUGUAAGCCUACAUUCUCAUUUCGUUUGUAUUCCCCCAAUGAGAUAUGAUUUCAGGAAUUUGCUUAAAGUAUUGCUCGCCAUGCAAAUUCUGAGUUAAAUCUCUAUCAGUAGGCGCAGCCACCUAGCUUAAAUAUUUUAAAUCGUGGGUAUCCACCGCCCCUCCCCCAUUGAUGAACUGAUCCCCUUUGAAAAUUAGUCUGUGAGCUCUUGAGAAGAUGCCACUCUAAUGUACAGAGAUGGAGACUGGGGUGGGGUGGGGAACGCUCCCGCCCCUGUAAGGUUGCUUCCUCCUCCAUCCACAAAACCCAGAGCCUCAGGGUCACUGGGCUGGAGGGAGCUUUGCUCCUAGAUGCCUGGGGUGGAGCAGGUGAAGCUGUGGGGUCGGAGUAAGGAGUGAAUCUGCCAGUGACGUUUUGGUUUCCAGCAACCUUAAAGUAGAAGAUUGUGUGAGUGUGAGUGUGUACGUGUGUGAGAGCCCAAGGAGGAGCUGCUGUGCUGUUGCUGCAGCAAGAACAGUGUCAGGGUAUCCAAAACAGGCAGCGGAGGGACGGAAGAGAGGAGAGAGGAAAGAAGAGAGGAGAGAAAAAAGAAGAGAGAGGAAAGAAGAGAGGAGAGAAAAGAGAAGAGAGAGGAGAGAAGAAUAAGAGAGCUGAGAGAGAAGAGGGAGGGAGGGAGAGAGAGAGAGAGAGAGAGAGAGAGAGAGAGAGAGAGAGAGAGAGAGAGAGAGAGAGAGAGAGAGAGAGAGAGAGAGAGAGAGAGAGAGAGAGAGAGAGAGAGAGAGACGCGAGAAGCUCCCACACUCACACUUCUACAAGAAGGAGUGGUUGUGUUGAAAAUAGGGAAAGGAGAGGGACUCCUGCUUCAGCCGGCUCCAGGAUGUAGGCAAUCAGCAGAAGAGCUCCUGCAGGCAGACGGGCUCAUCAUGAAGAAACAUUCAGCCAGGGUAGCCCCUCUCAGCGCUUGCAACAGUCCGGUCCUUACUCUAACCAAAGUGGAAGGGGAUGAGCGCCCUCGGGACUCUCCAGCCCCAACAGAGACUCAAAUGCCAGCUGGGGUGGAGGCUGGAGGAAGAGCCAGCCAUUGCUGUUGGAAAUGCUCCAGAGAGCAACUCAAGAAAUUUUUCUGGGGUGUUGCAGUGGUUUUAUGCAUCUGUUCCUCGUGGGCAGGCUCCACACAACUCGCCAAGCUGACCUUCAAGAAAUUUGAUGCCCCUUUUACUUUGACAUGGUUUGCCACCAACUGGAACUUUUUAUUCUUUCCUUUGUAUUACGUUGGGCAUGUUUGCAAAUCCACUGAGAAACAGUCGCUAAAGCAAAGAUACAGGGAAUGCUGUCGAUUUUUUGGAGACAAUGGCUUGACCGUGAAGGUGUUUUUUACCAAGGCAGCACCCUUUGGCGUUCUUUGGACACUCACAAACUACCUAUACUUACAUGCAAUAAAGAAAAUAAAUACUACGGAUGUCUCCGUGUUGUUCUGCUGCAACAAAGCCUUUGUAUUCUUGCUCUCGUGGAUCGUUCUCAGGGACAGGUUCAUGGGAGUGAGGAUUGUGGCUGCCAUUCUUGCAAUUGCCGGGAUCGUGAUGAUGACUUAUGCCGAUGGAUUCCACAACCACUCUGUGAUCGGCAUAGCGUUGGUGGUGGGGUCAGCCUCAAUGUCUGCUCUUUAUAAGGUUUUGUUCAAACUUCUCCUUGGCAGUGCUAAAUUUGGAGAAGCAGCACUAUUUUUGUCCAUAUUGGGUGUAUUCAAUAUUCUUUUCAUCACCUGUAUUCCUAUCAUUCUUUACUUCACCAAAGUGGAAUACUGGAACUCUUUCGACGACAUUCCAUGGGGAAACCUUUGUGGAUUCUCAGUUCUCUUAUUGACAUUCAAUAUUGUAUUAAAUUUUGGAAUUGCUGUUACAUAUCCAACUUUGAUGUCACUUGGAGUUGUACUAAGUGUGCCUGUGAAUGCAGUGGUAGAUCACUACACAAGCAAUAUUGUCUUCAAUGGCGUUCGGGUCAUCGCUAUCAUCAUCAUCGGCCUGGGCUUUCUCCUCCUGUUAUUACCGGAAGAGUGGGACGUCUGGUUGAUCAAACUGCUCAUGCGCCUGAAAGUGAGGAAGAAGGAGGAGACGGCUGAAGGCAAUGGAGACAUUGGCUCUGGACUUCAGACCAAAAGCAGAAGGACCCGCCCAUCCUUUGCGCGCUAAUGGCGCUCCCUCAGAGGUAGUGGUAACAGACGUCUUAAUCAAGUUUCAAAGGUCUUAACUCGCAAAGGGACGCGCAUGUCCGAUGUGGUGUACAUAAGUGUACAGUUUUGGUAUUUUACAGUAAGUCACCCGGUAUUUAUGGGCAUGUCCAAUUUGCUUGCACUUUUUUCACAUCAGACCUUUCACUUAAGAAUACCACUUGCAUACGGAGGAUAAAAAGAAAGAAAAACAACCUCUCAGCUCUUUUUAAAUGAAUGUAACAUUAAAAUAAUCAUUGCAUCGAUUGUUUGGGAGGCAGAUUUUUCAGGACAAGCCCAGGCAACUGGUUUUCACAACAAGCCGGGACAGCCAUUUUGAAUCUUAGCAACUGAAUAUAUAACAUUACACACUGUGACUUUUUUUUAAGCUAGACUAAGUCAUACUUUGUUUUAUACCAGAGCUCUACUCUUAAUUUUAUGGAGUUUCAAUGAACCAAAAGAAAAUUGAAGGUUUAUUUUGGUUGGAAUAUAGGGUAAGGGGAAGAGAAAAUAGAAAGAAUUAAAGUGUUGGGCAAUCUGCUGUGACUGACCUGGAAAGAGAAAUCUGUUAAAGAGAGAGAGGCUCUGCAUGAGGGAAAUUGUGAAAGGAAAAUAUCAGAGCCCCAGUUGGUCUUUUUUCUGCAUGUGUCCAUUUAAGAUCAUGCAAGAGAAAUUACAGUGCCUUCUAAAGAAUUUUCAUCUUUACCUUUGUGCAGCGAGGUGACAUUAUAAGUCACCAGCACCAUCUUAUAAUGUAGAUGUAGGGAUCUUUAAAAACAAAUUCUAUUAUAAAUACAUAUAUAAAUAUUUAAAAAAACCACAAAGCUGAUGAAGUUAUAUAUGUAAAUAUAUAAAUAUAAGAACACAGUUUGUGAUGUAUAAUAUGAUUUAAAAAAAGGUAGACUAAGCGAAAAUGAAUGUCUGGUUGCUUCGACUUCAUGGUCAGAUCUUUUAAAAAUGAUUUACAGAAAAUGUAAACCUUUUUAUGAAACUUUUAAGCAACAGGCUGUUACUUAUGUAAUCUAGGUCUACCAGAAAAUUCUAUCUGUGAUAGAUCUGUAAAGAGGAAAAGGGGUGGGGUUAUAGUUUACUAUUUUUGAAGUUUACAUUGUUACAUAUGAAAUGGAAACAUUAUUUUGAAAUGUUGUCAUAACCCAAUGGUGCAUUCUGUAACCAUGGAGUUCUUUGUUUCAUGGGAAAAGGGGCAUUCAUGAAUUGAACUUUUUAGCAAAUUAAUAUUCUCCAAAUCCAUUACCUGUUUGGUUAAACAGAUGAAUAAAAGAAAAAUUGGACAAA